ACGCCGGCGACAAGAAAGCGCCAAGCGCGACGCGCCAGCUGGGUGCCCGCGGGCGUCUCAGACGAUCAGCCGAGGGAGAGCCAAUCGAUGCGAUCCGCCGCUCCGUGCGCGGACAAAGAGACGAAAGAAAGCCGUGCAGCCGUGCAACGUUGCGCAAGCGAGCCAGCGCGAACGGGGGAGGCGACACGGCCCAAGGCGAGCAGCACCGCGCGCACGGCAAUCGGCGAGGAGUCGCGCCCGAGCAGAGCCAGGCCUCGCCGGGCCACCCGGCCGAGCAGCCGCGCGACAGUCGAUUAAGGAAAGCUCGGCGCUGGCGGGCAGCGGCGGCGGCGACGGCGGCCGACGGGCGCGCGCCGCUCUGCGCAGGCGGGCCUCGCCGCCAGGGUCGGGCGCGCGCGCUUUUCGUCGGAGCGCGGAGGCGCAGCGCCGCAGACGCGGGCACGUUCCGGCGGCGCGCGGACCAGGAGCGGCCUCAGCGCCAAAAUAGCCGCGGCGCGAGUGCAGUGCGAGCGAGUGCGACCGGAAGAUCGGCAGAGCGGCGGGGCGGCCUCGCUGCCGGCCGAGCUUGUGUGGUGCGGUGCCGCGGGCAUGCGGAGCCGAGGAUGAGGCCGAGGAGGCGCGGGCAGCCAGCCACGGGGGAGUCGCCGCCGAGGCGGUGGCGGUGUCACAGCGGCGACGCGCCACUCGCGGAGAUGCACAAUCGGCGCCGGAGCAGCGGCGCCAGCGGCCACUGAACGAUGGAAUCAGAGAACGCGAGCGCCGCGGCGCCGGGCCUGCUGCUGCUGGCCAACCAGAGCAGCGCCGAGGCGCCCAAGGAGUGCGACGCCUUCGUGUCCGACGGCCUGCUGGAGUUCGUCAUCUACGGCCUGCUGCUUAACCUGGUCAGCCUGCUGGGCAUCGCCGGCAACGCCGUGUCCAUGAUCGUGCUGUCCAGGCCCCAGAUGAAGUCCUCCAUCAACUACCUGCUCAUCGGCCUCGCCACCUGCGACACCGUCCUCAUUCUCUUGUCCGUGCUGAUGUACGGGCUGCCGGGCAUCUACGCCUACACGGGCUACCUGUUCGACUACAAGUUCUACGUGUACCCGAAGGUGGUGCGCUUCCUGUACCCGCUGAGCCUGAUCGUGCAGAUGGGCACGGUGUACGUGACGCUGACCGUGACGAUCGAGCGCUACGUGGCCGUGUGCCACCCGCUGCAGGCGCGCUCGCUGUGCACCCACGGGCGCGCCAGGAGCGCACUCCUCGCGCUGGCCGUGCUCGCCAGCCUGUGCAACCUACCGCGCUUCUGGGAGGUGGGCCUGCGCACGGAGCGCCACUGGCGGCGCAACGUCAGCGUGCUGUGCGUGGCCAGCACCGCGCUGCGCCGCGACCCGCUCUACAUCACCGUCUACGUGCACUGGUUUUACUUUCUGGCUUACUACGCCGUGCCCUUCGUCAUACUGGCCAUCUUCAACGUGCUGAUCUACCGGCGGGUGCGCAAGGCCAACCGCGACCUGCGCCGGCUUUCGCGCAGCCAGCGCCGCGAGAUUGGCCUCGCGAGCAUGCUGCUGUGCGUGGUGGUGGUGUUCCUCGUGUGCAACGUGCUGCCACUCGUGACCAACGUCUACGAGAACUUCUACACCAAUCCGCCCGCUUGGCUGGUGCAGACGGGCAACCUGCUCGUCACCUUCAACAGCGGCGUCAACUUCGUCAUAUACGUGAUCUUCGGGCGCAAGUUCAAGCGCGUCUUCCUGCGUAUCUUCUGCCGGGCCUCGCUGGACGCGGGCCUGGAUUGCAUGGGCCGGCCCAGUCGAGCCGACAGCCCCGACUUCCAGACCAACGAUGACUCGCUGGUCACCAAUAGCAGCCACGUGGAAAUGCGCCUGUCGGCGCGCGCCCGUUUGCAGCAGCAGCAGCAGCAGCAGCAGCAGCGGCAGCCCAACGGCUCGUCCGUCUACUACCCCGGCUUGCCCGCACCCGCGCGCAACGGCCACAACGUCCAUGGCACGCGCCUCCACGAGGCCACGCUCUGCUGACAGACUCGUCCGCCGUCGUGUCGGCGCGCGGGCUCCGUUCGGGAUCAAUUGUGAUAUACACGAGUCAUCGGCGAGAGGCGCUUCGCUGUCGUGUAUAUUUUCUCGCUGCCUUUCGCAGCCCUCUCUCUCUCUCUCUCUCUCUCUCUCGCUCCUCGAUCGCCUCUCCGCGCAGGCAGUGCGCCAGCGGUCUGCGACGCGUAGCAUAAUAUCGAUGUUCGCGCAAAUUAUCCGUCGAAUUUUAUCUCGCGCGAGCGUGACGCGCCACCGUUUACCAGUUUAUAAAUUAACCGCGUCGGACGUGCGUGCUCGCAGCUCUUAUCAAACUUUGUAUAAGAAAUGUACCGUAUGUUUUUAUCUCUACAAAGGGCGACCGCAGUGCAGCCGAGCGUUGCAUUGCAGUGCUAUAUCUAUACCUCGAGUGCGCCGUCAAUCAAGCAGCGUAGAGUCGCACUUUCCAAUCAUUAUACGGAAAUUCAACGUUUCUUCAUUCGAUCAGAACUUGUCUGAACGGGUUCUGGACAAAGUUUCACUUGUAAAUAUUAUCCAAUAUAAAUACAAACUUAUUCAAGAUCUUUA